AUGUUUUGCUACAUUCAACUUAUCUUACUCUUCUUUGUCUAUCUCUUUGGGCCCUGUAAUGCGGAUACGUUACUUCCCAAGAAUCAUUUCGUGGCAAGGAGAAACUUGAAUGAAUUGUUGGGGGCUGCCUUUCCAGUCCAGGUUCACAUUGCCAUCUCUCAAAACAAUGUGGAUCUAGCAAUAGAUUCCCUGUUGAAGGUUUCGGAUCCAACAUCACCAGAAUAUGGACAGCAUUGGUCCGCAGAAAAAGUUGCUACAACUUUUGUUCCCCCUAGACAGAGUACAAAAUCCGUUACAGACUGGCUGAGCAAAUUGGGUAUUCCACCUGCUCGGUUGUCAUCAUCGCACGCUGGAGGACACUUCUUGAUCCGUUCAACUUUGGGAGAAGUCGAACGAAUCUUCAAUAUUACCUGUUCCUAUGAGUCUGGCCGGACAAAUAAAUUAAAAUGCACGGACUAUACCAUCCCGACAUCUGUGUCUCAUUUAGUCGACUAUCUCACAAUAAGCGGUCCGAGGGUGCCUCAGUCAACCUUAAACGUCACCAGAAAAAAACGAGGGCCCGAGCUUGGGGCCCAAUCAAGGCAUCAGACGCAGGACAAAAUUAAGUUGUCCAAUUCUGCAUCAGUAAAUUGUAGCAUAUACACGAUCCCUUCAUGUUUGACUGAGCUCUAUAAUAUCCCCCCAAACACAAACAAGACCGCCAACGCUUCUAAUACAUUCGGUAUUUAUGAGAUCGCAUGGAUGACCUGGCUUCCUGAAGAUCUUGAUAAGUUUUUUGGUCUAUUCCGGCCGGAUCUGGUCGGCCAGCGCCCAGUUGUCGACUCGAUUGACGGUGGAUAUCUACAGACAAGUUACAAUCUCACGCCAUUCAACCUGGAAGCCGAUCUAGACUUUCAAUAUGCUAUGGCUUUGACGAGUCCUGCAACAGUAUUGGAUAUUCAAGUUGGCGAUGAGUUUGUCUCGGGAGACAUAAAUAAUAUGUUGGCAGCUUUUGAUAGAUACUACUGCGGAUCGCUGGAUUCAUCUCUCGACCCCCAGUAUCCUGACCCGCAGCCGGGAGGUUACAACAAGACCGAUUGCGGCAAUGUAACGCCACCAAAAGUGUUGUCAAUCUCAUAUACGGAUCCUGAAGACAAAUUUCCCAUAGCCUACUUGAAGCGGCAGUGUAUCGAAUUCCUUAAACUAGGGCUGAUGGGUGUGACCGUUGUCGCGAGCAGCGGUGACUACGGACCAGCUAGUGGCUAUUCACCUGGAACUUGCAUUAACAAAACCACAGGCGUCUCUAACGCCACAACUGGUGAAUUUAGUCCUCAAUGGCCCGCAGCUUGCCCCUGGAUCACUUCGGUAGGGGGAACUCAGCGACUCACUCAAUCCACGGGCGGGAAUGGUUCCGUCACCGGGACUACAAAUGUAAUAAGAAAUACACAGACGGCAGAUGAAGAGACUGCUUUUAAUGUCGUUCUACCAGGAGUACAAUCCACAUCAGGUGGUGGCUUCAGCAACGUAUUUCCCGUACCAGCUUAUCAGCAUAAGGCAAUUUCCACGUACUUUGAUCGGCGCCACGAGGGUGCACAUCUAGCUAGCCUUCAAGAGAACGGAUUUCUCAACCUCACGCGCGCUGGUCGAGGUUUCCCAGACGUUUCUGCGCUCGCGUCCACUUAUCUAGUCUAUGUCGAAGGCGUGCUCGAGACAGUGUACGGAACUUCAGCUUCAGCUCCCGUUUUUGCCUCUAUUAUAACCCUUAUUAACAACGAGAGACUAAACGCCGGAAAGGCCCCGGUGGGAUUCAUUAAUCCAGUUUUGUAUGCUCACCCUGAUGCGCUGAACGACAUAAAAACGGGUGUAAGCCUGGGUUGUGGAGCCAAUCCGGCGUUUAGAGCUACUGAGGGUUGGGAUGCUGUUACCGGUCUCGGCAGUCCGGAUUUUGCAAGAUUAAAGGAUGUUUUCAUGAAUAUCUUAUAA